AUGGCGGGCUUCGUGAGGGAGCUGGAGCGCCGGGCCGGGCCGGCGCUGCGCCUGGAGCAGCGGGCGGCCGGCGGCGUGGGCUGUGUGGUGUGGGACGCCGCGCUGGUGCUCGCCAAGUUCCUGGAGACCGGCGCUUUCCUCCUCGCCCGCCGCCACGUCCUGGAGCUGGGCGCGGGCACCGGGGCCGUCGGUAUCAUGGCAGCCACGUUGGGAGCGAACGUGACGGUCACAGACCUGGAGGAGCUGCAGGAGCUGUUGAUGGUUAAUAUCGAGAAUAACAAGCACCUGGUCACAGGGUCCGUCCGAGCCAAGGUACUGAAAUGGGGUGAAGAUGUAACAGAAUUUCAGCCUCCUCCCGAUUAUAUACUCAUGGCUGAUUGCAUUUACUAUGAGGAGUCCUUGGAGCCCUUGCUGAAGACCCUGAAGGACCUGACAGGCCCUGACACCUGUGUCCUGUGCUGCUAUGAACAGAGGACAAUGGGGAAGAACCCUGAAAUCGAGAGAAAAUACUUUGAACUGCUUCAGAGGGACUUUGAGCUGGAAAGAAUUCCCCUGGACAGGCACGACGAGGAGUAUCGGAGCGAAGACAUCCACAUCGUGAGCAUCCACAGGAAGCGGGCGAGUUUCCCAUCGUGAGGUCUUUGAAAGCCCAGGAUCUGUCCCCUGGCAGAGCCGUGGAGAAGAGGGGAUGGGAUAACCCCGCAGAGGAGGGACUGAGUGUCUGCGGUGUGGUUGUGACUCGUCCGCGCCGAGCAGAGGUGUCUGACGGCACCUUCCGCCCGGACUGCCGCGGGCUGGGCGCGCCUGCGGCCCGGGGAGGCGGGGAAUGGAGCCGGGGAGG